AUGGAUGUGGAUAUUGCCACAAUUUUGAGCAUGAAACCAAGUGUUGUUCCUAAGGAAGCCUCGAAUAACUUUGAGAAGCUCAAACCAGGAAAAAUUUACAAGGAAGGAUGGUUUGUUGUGUACAUGUCUAGAGAUCGUCCAAGAGCAGAAAGUCAAAAGCUAUACUUUCAUGUUGAAAACAAACACUUGUAUACUAAUACUUGUCUGGGGUUUAUUUUGGAGCUAGUUACGAAGUUCAAGGGCAACCACAAGGAUGACUUGAAAUGUUUCUCUGAUAUGAUCACGUGGUAUAUCCAUGUACGCAAGCUGCUGCUGAGCUUCAUUCCAAAGAUCUAUGAAGUGAAGAAGCGAAUCACGAACUGA